AUGCUGCUCGAUGAGGCAUGCUCGCGUCUGUCUCUUGUCGGCACCGCGUUUCUCUACCAAGCUGCGCCACACACCGGCCCUACGGACUAUGUUUGGGGUGACAUGGACUUCGUAGAAGAGCAGCAGGAGCUGAAGUGCCGCUUCAUGCACGAUGCCGCGACCCUGAAGCAGUGUAGCAGCCACUACUUCGAUACGUUCUGUGGGAGCGCCACGACAGCGAAGAAAGCCCUCAAGCAGCUGAAGCCAGCCUCACCUGUUGUGCUGGCGCUCACGACAGCCGCAGCCGGAAAGCAUCCAGCAGAAUCGGUAGAGUCUCAGCUUCGCCGCGUGGCCUCCCUGAUACCACAGAACUCUAAGCCUCUGGCAGAAGCCUCUGCCAUGGAUCUGCUAUUGGCUCUCGAAGAAGCUCUGGCCAGCGGAGAACCAGGCUACUACUUUGACUACAUCGCUUUCUCGCACAAGUGCCACAACACCACUGCAAUCUUACGCUUGACGAAAAACAAGCAACCGUCCGCGGCAAAGCUGCCGCAUAUCGUUCUAGAGCAAGCUGCGAAGGCGAAGCCGGGGAACAUCCGCUGGACGGUGCUUGCGAAGCUGGGGCACAGUCUUGAUACACUGCGCAAGACAGGCAACUUCUCGAAUGAGUUGGAGAAUGCUGCGUGGAGCAUGUCAAGUGGUGGACUUCCAGAGGCGAGCAAGCCUUACAAGCGGUAUCCCAGAAAUGUGCCCAGAGUCGUCGCGAAGGAUGAAGGUCAUUAUGCGGUGUUUUCGGAGGUCAUGCAAGCGGUUGCGAAGCGUGCGGUGCAGUGGGCUGGUGAUGGUAUGGACACUGAUGCUAUUGUGCAAGAGAAGGCGAGAUGGGUCACGGAGGAGUUGGAGCGGCGUGGCGUGGCGUUCAGGCUGGAGAUUGGAGGGGAGGAUGAUGAUGAGUAUAGAUUCGUUCGUGUUGAAGAGUGA